GAGAGAGUGGGUUUGUGAGUGUGUGUGUGUGUGUGUGUGAAGAAAAGAGAGAGAGAGAGAGUGUGAGUGAAAAUAAGUGCAACUGGUAAACUAAAUUUGGCUGUGAAUGAACUGAAAGAGAAAGCAAGAAGGGCCUUUAAUGCCAUCAUAAAAUCUAUCCAAAUUGAAAUACCAAUUCAAAUCUGGCUCAAAAUAUUCCAAUCAGUCGUUGAACCUAUUGCAUUAUAUGGCAGUGAAGUGUAGAGAGGUUUGGAUGCUAUGCAAACUGGAGCGGAUCAAGUGUGUUGGGGAUGCUGGUUUUGAUGUGGUGCAUGACUAACCUCUCAAAGCACUUCAUCAUGACUGGAGUCAGUGCUACGGGAUGAUGUUGUUUAGAUCGGACACAGGUGAUUUCUGUGAACACCGUUUUUGGGAUCUCAGUACCUGCUGCAUCCGCCAUCUUGGAUCUAGAUUUGACAGACUGUCAUUUUCCCCCAGAACUCCUCUUGUGUCUCUUGAAAAACUAGUUUCACUUGUUUUCCCAGGGGGGAGUUUCAGAGAUUUUUCUCGAGAUGCCAGUUCGGAGGUGGAAUGAGAAGACAACAGACAUCCUCCUUUUCCACGAUAAGAGAAUACUGCUUCAUAAAACUCUGACUCUAGACCUUCAGAAUCAGACAAUAGUUUGUGGGCUCAUUAGUAAAACUGAAGAUCUUUUUCUGCUUGUUCUGCAGGAGGUAAUCCGUGAAGGAUGAUGGCAUCCGUGUAUCAGAACCGGAGGAUGAUGGCAUCUGUUUCAGAGCAGCUUCUGGCCGCUCUGGAUGAACUAGACGCAGAUAAACUGAAGAUGUUUAAAUGGUAUUUAAAGAAUUAUUAUGGCGUUUCAGCAGCUGAUCUGGAGAAGGUAGACACUUCUGACACAGUGGAUCUGAUGAUAAAGCAUUGUGGACCAGAAGAAGCUGUGAAGAUCACGGUGGACAUCCUGAGGAAGAUGAACCAGAACUAUCUGGCUGAAGAGUUGGAGAAGACACACAAGCGAGUCACAUUCACCAACAUUGAUCUCUGGACCAGGAACGACUUCCUACAGUAUUCCCAGCAGCUCACUCUGGAUCUGAACACAGUGAAUGAAUACCUCCAUCUGUCUGAGAACAACAGAGUGAUUACAUUCACUGACACAGAUCAGUCGCAUCCUGAUCAUCCGGACAGAUUUGAUCCUGUGCCUCAGGUGUUGUGUAGAGAGAGUGUGUGUGGACGCUGUUACUGGGAGCUGGAGUGGAGAGGAGGUGUGCGUAUAUCAGUGUCAUAUAAGAGCAUCAGCAGGAAAGGAGCAGGUUAUGAGUGUGUGUUUGGGUGUAAUGAUCAGUCCUGGAGUCUCUGACACAAUGAGUCUCAUCCACACAGUCCAGACCACAUUCACUCAGACGCUCUAUCCUGGGUUUUGGGUUCAUUAUUAUGGAUCAUCAGUCAAACUCUAGAUUGAUGAGAGAUUCUACCCAUGAUGCUUUGAACUGCAUGAUGAAUCAGUGACAGUGGGAUGUUAUAGAGUCUCUUCAUCACAUGAACUCUUACUGACAUAACAGUAAGAAUAAAUGUGUAAGAAAUCCUCAUGGAGAUCAGUGUUUGUGUGUUGAAUCUCUCUCACAUCAAUCAUUUGUAUAUUGAUUAAGUUAUUUAAAGAUAUAUAAUCCAAUAAAUGGUGUUAACUUUAUUAAUGGGAUGGCGUACAUUAAAGGUUUAUUUUGAACUGUGAUUAUUUAUGUUUGUAUAAAUGUUGUCACAAAACCAACAUUUUGACUGAUCUGUCAUAUACUUUCAAAGUUAGAUUAGAGAUACACUGUAAAAAACUG